GAUAGAGACAGUGAAACACGUUCUAUUUCAGUGUCAGAAAUAUGGGAUGGAAAGAGAGCGAUUGUUAUUAGAUUUGAGGUGUAAUGGGGUUGAAGAGCCAAGAUUAAGUGCACUUUUGGGGAAAUCUUCAGUCGAUGUAGCAUUUAAUUAUGUAUUUAGUUUCCUUAGGAAGACGAUACUAUUGGGUAGGAUGUAGACCUUCCCUGGCUCUGGUCCACGCUCCAAUCCAGUUAGUGACGGUAAUACACCUUAAUGUUGGUUGCCAAACGCCACUUAAAAUCCACAGAAGAAGAAGAAGAACAAGGUGAAGGAAGUGACCUGCCUCGGCUUUCUGCGGUAGUUUGCUAGCUGUGCAUGAUGAUGGAGGAGGAAGAAUUGGAAUUUUCGGAGGAUUUGGAGGCUAUUUUGAAUCUUACUCCAGAGGUGCAGUUGGCCAUCGAGCAGGUUUUCCCCAGUCAAGACCCAUUGGACAGAGCAGAUUUUAAUGCUGUGGAAUACAUCAAUACAUUGUUUCCCACUGAGCAGUCACUGGCAAAUAUAGAUGAUGUGGUCAACAAGAUCCGUCUGAAGAUUCGGCGUCUGGAUGACAACAUCAGGAUGGUGGUGAGAGGUCAGACCAAUGUGGGCCAGGAUGGCAGACAGGCACUGGCAGAGGCCCAGGUAGCCAUCGGCCAGCUCUUUGGCAAAAUCAAAGACAUUAAGGACAAGGCUGAGAAAUCCGAGCAAAUGGUCAAAGAGAUAACGCGGGACAUCAAACAGCUGGACCAUGCUAAGCGUCACCUGACCACCUCCAUCACCACCCUCAACCACCUGCACAUGCUGGCCGGGGGCGUUGACUCUCUAGAGGCCAUGACGAGGAGGAGGCAGUAUGGCGAGGUGGCUAACCUGCUACAGGGGGUGGUCAACGUGCUGGAACACUUCCACAAAUACAUGGGCAUCCCUCAGAUCAGACAGCUCUCAGAGAGGGUGAAAGCAGCCCAAAGUGAGCUGGGGACUCAGAUCAUGGCAGACUUCGAAGAGGCCUUCCCCGCUCAGGGGUCAAAGAGAGCAGGGGGACCCAGUAACGUUCUGAGGGAUGCCUGUCUGGUGGCCAACGUCUUGGACCCUCGCAUCAAACAGGAGAUCAUCAAGAAGUUCAUCAGACAGCACCUCUCUGAGUACAUGGUGCUCUUCCAGGAGAACCAGGACGUAGCUUGGCUGGAUAAGAUCGACCGGCGCUACGCCUGGAUUAAGCGUCAGCUGGUGGACUAUGAGGAGAAGUACGGACGCAUGUUUCCUGAAGAGUGGUGUAUGACCGAACGCAUCGCUGUAGAGUUCUGCCACAUCACCAGGACAGAGCUGGCCAAAGUAAUGCGGACGAGGGCCAAAGAGAUUGAGGUCAAGCUGCUUCUGUUUGCCAUUCAGAGGACCACCAACUUCGAGGGGCUGCUCGCCAAGCGCUUCUCUGGGUGCACCCUCACCGACGUGCCCGGGGUGAAAAAGCCUGAGCCACCACUGGAGUCCACCAACCCUUUCCUGGAGGACGAGGUUGGAGAUGAUGGUUCAGAGAUAGAGGAGGAUCUGGAUAGGCCCAAGAAGCACAAGGCUCCUGACAACCCCUUCCAUGGCAUUAUUUCCAAGUGCUUUGAGCCUCACCUCUAUGUCUACAUCGAGUCUCAGGACAAGAACCUGGGGGAGAUGAUUGACCGUUUUGUGUCAGACUUCCGGGCGCAGGGCCCCCCCAAGGCGGGCACAGAGGACGGGGGAGCAGUGCUGCCCAGCUGUGCUGACCUGUUUGUCUACUAUAAGAAGUGCAUGGUGCAGUGCUCCCAGCUCAGCACAGGGGAACCUAUGAUCGCCCUCACCACCAUCUUCCAGAAGUACCUCAGAGAGUAUGCCUGGAAGAUACUGUCUGGAAACCUGCCCAAGACUAGCAGUAAUAGUGGAGGACUGACCAUCAAGAGUCUACUGCAGGAGAAGGAGGGUUCGGAGGCUGCUAAGUUCAAUGUAGAGGAGCUGUGUCUCAUCUGUAGCAUCCUCAGUACUGCAGAGUACUGUCUAGCCACCACACAGCAGUUGGAGGAGAAGCUGAAGGAGAAGGUGGAUAAGACUCUAGUGGAGAGAAUCAACCUGACUGGAGAGAUGGACACCUUCAGCAAUGUGAUUUCCAACAGUAUCCAGUUGCUUGUUCAGGACCUGGACGCUGCCUGUGAUCCUGCUCUCACUGCCAUGAGCAAGAUGCCAUGGCAGAGUGUAGAGCAUGUAGGUGACCAAAGUCCCUACGUGACGUCAGUCAUCAUGCACAUCAAACAGAACGUCCCCAUCAUCAGAGGGAACCUGGCCUCCACACGAAAAUACUUCACCCAGUUCUGCAUCAAGUUCACCAACUCUUUUAUUCCUAAAUUCAUCAACCACUUGUUCAGGUGUAAGCCUAUCAGCAUGGUGGGGGCUGAACAGCUCCUCCUGGACACCCACUCCCUGAAGACAGUGUUGUUGGAUCUGCCCUCUAUAGGGUCUCAGGUGGUCCGCAAGGCCCCAGCCAGCUACACCAAGAUAGUCGUGAAGGGGAUGACCCGCGCUGAGAUGAUCCUCAAGGUGGUCAUGGCCCCCCAUGAACCCUCCGUGGUGUUUGUGGAUAACUACAUCAAGCUCCUCGCUGAUGGAAACCCAGAGACCUUCCAGAAAACUCUGGAUAUGAAGGGGUUGAAGCGCAGUGAGCAGAGCAGCAUGUUGGAACUCUUCAGACAGAGGUUACCCACUCCACCCUCAGGGGCCGAUGGAGGCCCCUCUCUCUCCUUCAGCACCCCCACCCCCGAGCAGGAGAACUCGCGCAUACGCAAACUGGAGAAGCUCAUCAAAAAGAGACUAUGAGCGUGCACACACUCAUCACCAUACCACACACAAAUGAUUCCAGUAAUUCAUCUCAAAUACUUUUUCUUGCUCUGUUCAAGCAUAAUGGAGAAUUGCAGGCAGAGUAAAGACAUGAUUGUCUCAUUUUUGUUAGGAGCAUUAAUGACCCUAAUGAUUUCAAAGUCAACUGUCGAAUUAUGAAGAAAUUUCCUCAGCUGCAGAGCUGUUGGCACGUAUUACUCAUUUACUUGUGUAUUUCUUUUCUGCUUCUCUUUUUAUGACACUAAAUACCCGAGCUUUGUAAAUGUUAAAUGUAGACUAUAUCAUACAUAUGCUAUGCAUUUUAACAAAAUGUGUUUGCACUUAAAGACUGAGCUACUAACUAAAAACGGCUUUAAGAGCAAUUUGCUGCCGCUUUGGCACCUAUCCUCCCAGUCCCAGACUGAGAACAAGGAACUUCAGUGCGUUUGAAGCUAACGUUAUGAUAUUCUCCAGUCCUGUGCCUUUGUGUGUUUCUCUUGGUUCCCUGUUCAAGGGGAGGAUGCAGUUAGUUAGGAGUUUGUAUGUUUCCAGUGUCCCUUCACAACAAGAACACCCUCCAGGUGGAUGGACCGCAUCCCACCAUGCAUUGAUGUCUCCAGGUUCAGUGGUUAAGCCCCCAGGUCCAGGACAGAGGAAAUCCCAAGAUCCUCUAUCUCCUCAAUUAGACACGAGACAGUUUCUGUGCUUUUUGAAAAUCCCCCAUGAAAUGAGAACCAGUCAAAGCCUUUUAACUCUGGCCCUUCGCCAGGAAUUGUGUAUGCGUUUGAGACAUUAAGCAUGUUCAUUUAUUUAAGCUCUAUUUCCCCAUGUAAUUCCUUGCUGAGCGUUUUAUAAAUGUCAAUCUGAAGUGUAUUUAUGUGUGUGUGUGUGUGUGUGUCUGAAUCGAUUUGAUUACAGUGAGGGAGAGUUGCAGUACUUUAUAACAGAGGAACUCAUGUUCUCUGUUGUACAAGGAUGCAUUGUACAACAUAUUGAUUUCUGUUUAAGAUUUAUUGUCUUUUUUUUAUUUUCUGUUAUUCCGGGCCUCUGUUUGACAUUGACAGGCCUAGAUUACCUGUCAAUAAUAAUUCAAACUUACUGACACUCCCAUUAUGCUUGUUUGCACUGGGUUCGGAACGCAAUCAUGGUUACAUUAAGACACUGUGUAAGAUUGAAAUACCGCAAGUUUUCCCAGAAAACAUCCCUUUACAUCCUCAUGCUAGCUAGCAGUAGCCACUGCGCCCAGUUUGGAAUGACAGUGUCAGCCAAUCAGCUCCUUUAUUGUUCAACCAUGGUGCUUCACGGUGUGUGUAACCAUGAUUGUGAUCCGACCCCAGUACAGCUCAAGCGUAAC